AUGGCGGGUCAGCUCCAGCUGGGGCGAGGGGGAAGCGGUGGACCGCCAGGGCUGGGUAGUGGAGGCAUGCCGGCAGUUCCGGAGAGCUCGGGCGACGACUCCAGUCCUAAGAGGAGGCGAAGCAUCGAACCUGCAGCAGCCGGGAUGAGGGGCAAAAAGAAUAAGGUCCCGGCGGAUGGCUUCGACUGGGGGGCCUUGCGGGCGCUCCUUGGAGAGCAAAAAGAGGCCAUCGUUGCGGAGACCCGCGAACAGGCUGCUGCGCUCAUUCAGGCUCUGGACCGCAAGGUCGAUGCGAAAUUUCAGCAGGUUGACCACAACAUGGAAGCUAUGACCAGAAGGAUGCAGUCCUUUGAGGAACAGCUGGCCAAAAUCCAAGGGGACAUAAAACAGGCGCCGGGACCGGGCGGAGAUGAUGAGGCACGCAGACGGUCAACGCUCGUGUUUGGAGGUUGGGAGACGGACACAGCUAGACGCACCAUUGUGUCCGAGGUGGAAGAGGCUUUGGAGAAGUUGGGGUUGGCUCGCUUUACGGACUCCCCUGCCUUUACCACUGGCCCCCGCAGAAGCGUGGCACUUAUGAACUUCGACAUCCGGGCUGGAGAGGCUGAAGCGGACCGCAGGCGCCGCAUGCACGCCAUUGUGGCCGGGAUUGCGGAGGCCAAGCCUUUUACCUCGCAUAAGCGCCGUUUGUGGGCUAGCUAUUCGAAGAGCAAGAGGGAGCGUGACGUCGCCGCCCACUGCUCUUGGGUCAAGCGCACGGUGGCGAGCUUCAAUCGGGACCUGAUCCAGCAUGUGGAGGCCGAGUAUGGCACGGGCACGGUCUGGAUGGGGGACAAAGUCGUUGCGAGUGCUACCCGGGCCCCACCUGCGAAUUUGCCAGAGGACACCCUCUUGUGGGACGAAGACAAACUUGGGAGCAGGCCUUGGAUUGACCUCGGGAGCAUGGCCAAGUUCAGUGGGAUUUCGGUGGUUGACCUCAGGGACACGGGAGGCAGCAGGCGGGAAGACGCCGCGCCACUGUCGCCAGUGAAACGUGCAGCCACCUUUGCGUUCACGACCUGGAACUUGGGGGGGAGCUCGGUAACCGAUUACCCUCGGGUUGUGGCCGAUGUGAUGAAAGGGUUGCAGCAUGACACCUUACUUUCCUUUCAGGAGCUGAACCGCGUGUCACCUGGCUGGCAAACUUGCUACCAUCAGGGGUGGACCACCGGCAUGAGGAUGUAUGGAGGGGAUCGGGAACCUGCAGCCGAUACCGCCGAGAGAGCAGGACUUUUCGACACCUACGAGCAGGCCAAGGUACACAUUUACAAGGAUUCUUACAUGGCGGUGGGAACGGACCAUGAGCUGCUGUCUGCGAAUGUCGCCGUCAAGGCCUACAGGGACCCCCCAGAAGUGAAGGACGCGUUUCGCAGGGCUAGGGGUGACAGAGCCGCGGCUUCUUGGACUGCUGCUCGUAACCUGCGGAAGAAGGCCCGGCGACAUUGGGAACAAGAACGACUGGAACGAGCCACGGCAGGUGACUGGGCCCUUGUGCGGCAAUUCAGACCGGCCAAGCACAGGGGGUGGGACACGACCUUUGCUGAGGCACAGGACGGCCGGGAUCCCCAUGAAGCCAUCCACGAGCACCUCGAGAGCAUCUACACAACGGGCCUAGUCAUCCCUCCCCUCCCGCCCUGGGACGGAGAAGUUGUGCCCUUCACUGAGGACGAACUACGCUUGGCUCUGCAUCGAGGGAAACUGCAUAAGGCAGUUGGGGUGGACGGGACCAGUCACGAACUGCUUCAGGGAAUAGCCAGCACGCCAGGAGGGUUUGCAGCGCUGCUCACCUUCUAUAACGACAUCUACGCUCAUGCGAGCAUACCCGAGGACUGGAAUGUGGCCUUGAUGAUUGUCAUACCUAAGGAGGAAGCACCGCUUGACCCAGCGUCCCUCAGACCGUUGGCUAUGGGGAGCGCGGCAUCUAAGGUUUACAGUCGGUUACUUCUGGGUCGCACAGUGCCGUGGCUGAAUGCAGGGGAAGGAGCGCAGUGCAGUGGAGAGGGAAAACAACCGGCUGAGUAUAUUUUUGGGAUGUCCAGGGUGAUGGAACUGGAAGCAGAAUGGCACAAAGGGUUGGUUGCGGCUAAGAUCGACAUACGGAAGGCCUUCGACAUGUUGCACAGGCCAGCAUUACUCGACCGGUUAAAGCAAGCCAUAGGGGAUGGACCCACCUUUCGCAGUUGGCAGGCUAUGCUGGUCGACACUUCGGCUGUUCUGCAGACCAGUUGGGGAAGUUCGCGACUUCAACUGGACAGAGGGAUCAGGCAAGGGUCGGUUGAAUCACCCAUCCUUUUCGGCUGGUUGGCGGCAACCAUACUGCAUGAUGUUAAGAACAAGCAUGCUUGGCAGGACAGACACAGGGUUUUCGAACAGCUGGAAUGCCAGGACUUGUUGUUCAUGGACGAUGGGUUGCUUUGGGCUGAUACGAGCAAGGAAGUCUCCCGGCGCCUUGAGGAGUGGGCUGCGGAACUUGCGAUUCAUGGCCUCAAGCUCAAUCCUGCAAAGUGCAAGGCCUACUUUUCCCCAUAUUGCACACGUCAACCUCCGGUCUCAGUCCAGGGGACCAUGGUCCCCCAGGUAGAGGUACUCGAAGUGAUGGGGGUUCCCUUCCGGGUGGGAGCCUCGGCAGCAGACCUGUUGGCGCCGUUCUUGGCGCGAGGGCGCGACAAAUUCUGGGCGCUGAAGCAUUUGCUGCGAGCCCGCACCCCGCUUGCAGGUCGAAUCUUUCUGCUGGACAAGAUCAUUGGAGGGACGUCGUUAUGGUGCCUGAGCGCUCUGGCACCUGAUGCAUCGGCCUUGGCUCUGCUCAACAGCAUGCAAUUGCAGUGUGUGGUUUGGGCCAUGAGGGUUGGAAAACGGCAGGAUGAAGGGUGGCUCAGCUUCAAACAAAGGGCUUACAGGGGUGCCAGACAAGUCGUAUGGAGGGUUCUGCACAAGAGGUGGUCCACGGUCUGGUUGGAAAGAUGGUGGAACUUCUCAGGACACAGAGCCAGAGCCUUGGACAGGGACUUGGUACCACACUCUUCCCUCAUCGACAACUACAGAAAUAGGGCUUGGUGGACUAGGGAGCAGCACCUCACUCGUGGAGUACGUCACCCGAGGCAUUUCCCCAAGUUGUCCAAUCUCGAGAGGGAUAUGGACAAGGCAGCUGGGGGUCACCCAUGGCGCAGGGUUGCAAGGGAUAGACUUCAAUGGGCCAGUCGCUGUGAGCAUUGGGUGCGGUUAAUGGACCCACCUUGGGCAGGGAGUAGACAGGAGCGUCUGCAGGGAUGA